AUGGGUGAACUGAUUCAAGUUCAAGUCGUUUCACGGCAUUGUGAUAGGACAACCAUUCAUGAAAAUGAAUACAUUCCAAACGAUCGAUUUGAUUGGUAUUCACAAUUAGGUUUAGCUGGCGGUCAACUGACUGGUCUAGGUCAACAACAAUGUGUCAAGAUGGGAGAUGUUUUGUACAAUCGAUAUUUACAUCCCUCUUCCAGUAAUAGAAUUAGGGGAAUAUCCUCAAGUUAUAAUCAAACUCAAUUUCAUUUUAGGUCAACCGAUUAUGACAGAACUCUCAUGUCUCUUUUUAGUGUGAGUAUGGGGUUAUUUAAACAGGGAAGUGGUAGUUUAGCUAUCAUUAAUAAUGAAGAGCCAAAUUUAGGAUUUUCAUUGCCUAAUGGAACUCAAGCAAUUCCAAUUCAUACUGAAACAAAGGAUAUGGAUGCGCUCAUUCGAGGAUUUGAAUUGUGUAACACUGUUCAAUCAAGAAUGAAACAAGUGGAAGAGGGACCAGAACAAACCAAAAUUCUUAAUGAAUAUCGAACAUUUAUUGAUCAAUUAUAUAAUGUGACAGGAUGGCACAAAAGAGACUCUGAAUUACAUAUUUUGUUUGAUUUAUUACUCACACAACGUUCUCAUCAAGCACUAAAUUUGGAAUGGGUGUUAAAUAAUUGGGAAACAUUGGAAUCUCUUCGAGAUAAAUUAUUGAGACUCAAAUUCAGUUAUGCAACGAUUGGACGGGAAGGAUGUAGUAAUUUUCAUAAGACUUUAUUGGAACAAAUUAAGUCACAUAAGGACAAGUAUAUUCACUACAGUGCUCAUGAUACUACCAUACAAGCACUUGCAGCAAGUUUAAAACUCACACAAGACUAUGAAUUUAUGGGAGCUCAUCCUCCUUACGGUUCCAACAUGGUAUUCGAAUUGCAUCUUCUUGAAAAUAACAAGAAAGCUAUCCGUGUCGUCUACAAUCAUGGAUAUAAUGAUAGUAGAUUUACACCACUCAAACUUUCCAGUUUUGGAUGUUCACAAGAGUUUUGUGAUUUGGAUGUUUUUGAAAAAUUAUUACAAGAACAAUCCAUCACUACCAAUUGGUGCAUUGAUUGCAAUAGCCGAGAUCGAGAAGUAUGUUGUGGAAAGUUCAAUAAGGGAGACAAUGAUAUUGCCAUUGCUUUUGUGUCCAUUACACCCAUUCUUGUGGUGUCUAAUUUAGUGACCAUGUUGAUUUUGUUGGUGGUUUGUUUAAAGAAUAGAAGGAAGUAUGGAUAUCAAGGAGUGUGA